AUGUCCUCCCGCGACAUCGUCUCGCUCCUCGUCGCUCUGGAGCAGCUCGAGAGCAUCAGCGCGUCGCCGGCUUCUCACUCCGAGGCGGUGUCCGAAGAGGUGGUUGCGCUGGCGGCUGAGCUUCGACAGGCGGUGCAUGGGCAGGGCGUUCGCCUGCCGCCGUCGCUUGUGUCAGCCGAUACGGCAAGCCGCAUCGAGGAGAUUCGGGUCACGCUGUCAGACCCCGCCACAUCGCGCCGUAGCCUGGCCUGGGCGUCACUCUCAACAGCCCUCGCUUCCGCCGAGCGUGAGGCGCGAGCCUCAUGGGCCGCUGCCGACAUGCGGUCGGCUCACGCCGUCACGGAGGAGGCGGACCGACUGCGCGGCGUGGCGGACGCGCUUGCCACUGCGGUGCGCCAAUGCGCCGGUGCGACUCGCGGACCUGAAGGCUUCGAGACGGGCGCGCGGGCGGCAAUCUGCGGGCUCGGCUCACGGCCGGACCUGAACGGAGAGCGAGGGACGAUACUCAGCUACUCGGCCGCCAAGGGGAGGUACGCCGUGAUUCUCGCCUCGGGCGGGCCGCCGCUGCUGGUUCGGCCGUCCAAUCUCCUCUCUCUGCGCUGGGGCUCGUCGAGCGGCGGCUCCGAUGAGCAGACCCAGCGUUUACCUCACCUUGCCUUCAUCCAGGGCGACUUUGAUUUUGAGCUUGCACUCGAGGAUUUUGAUGCGUGGCAGCGCCGGCGCGCGCGCGCUGCGGCGGCGAGGAAGCGGACGGCGGCGAAAAAGGCCGCAGUGCGAACCGCGCUCUCCGCCACGUUGCGCUUGCUGGGAGGAGGCGAGGGAGGAGAUGACGGCGGAGGCAGAGCAGGCGGCGGCGGCCGAGGCGGCGCCUCCUCUGCUGCCGUUCGAGAGGGGCUGCUUGCCGAUGCUGGGCGGGCUGCGUCGGCCGAGGACACGGCGCGCAUGCCGGCACCCCAGACUGUGGCGGACGGUAUUGGCGCGGACGCCGACGCUUGUGCCGGUGGCGGGAUCCACGGUAUCGUCAAGCUUUGCUUCCCGGACGGUGUGGCGGCUUCCACGGGGCGCGCGCUCGGCGAGGCUGUGUCGGAGUGCCUCGAGGCGGCGCGUGAGCUGCUCUCGAGCCUCGAGCAGCUGGAGCCGCCCGCGUCUUUGUUCGCCGCUGGGGCCGCUGGGGAUGCCGCCCUUGCCGCCAGCCUCCUGCCUCCCGGCCUCUCACCCGAGGCCCGCCGCGUCGCGCAGCUGUACGAGCUGCUCUACGAACCGGCGGCGGUGGAGGAGGAGGCCGCUGCCGCUCGUAGUGGUGCGGCAGCAGAGGCCGGCGAUGCGGCCGGCGAUGCGGUUACGGGCAGCCGUGAGCGCUUGCGCGAGCGACAGGGUCGAAUCAACGCUGAGGCAGGCGAGCUGAGCGAGCACGUCGCGGCGCGGGAUGCGGCGCGGGAGGCCCACGUGGCGGCACUGAGGGAGGCUGAGGCACGACUCCUCGAGAUGGCUGGGUGCGAGACGGCGACGUCUCUCGACGCUGCCGCGAGGAGCGCGGCGGAGGCGAGCGCCGCUGCGAACACUCUCCUCGCCGACGCGCGGGAGGCUGCAGGGGAGGGCCCGCGCGCGCUCGGGCAGGUUGAGCUGCCGGAUGUGCCGCGCGGCGCCGAUGCAGGCGACGGGGGCGGACGCCGAGCGCGGAUCGGAUCGCUCGCCCGCGGCUUGCGCGUGCAGGGCGACCAGGCUGCGCGGUUGGCAGCGGUGCGUCGCGCUUUUUGCACGUACGUCGCUGAGGCGGCCGAGGCGGCGCUGCUGAAGGCGACGCCGCUCCUCCCCGCCGCCACGCUCGUUGACCCGCAGGGAUUGCUGCUCCACUACGAUUACGACGCAUCGCUGCCGGCGCAGCAGCUCCUCAUCGCCGCGAGCGAUGAGGCGGCAGCUCGGCGGGCGCGCGCGCAGCGGCUCUCCAAUUUGCGCGCAGCGCUGACGCGGCUCACGGCGGAGAGGACCGAGGAGGAACUCGCUCUGCGGAACGGCGGCGCGGCUCGCUUGCAAGCGAGCACAGCGCCGCUUGGAGCCGGCGCCGCGCGGGCCGUGGCGCGAAUGGCGCUGCUCGAGCUCAAGUACGCGCGGGAGGACGGUCUCGAGGGGCAGGAUUUGGAGGCCGCCAAGGCUGCCGUGAAGGCAGCGACCGGCGCCGCGAGGGAUGCGGAUCGGCAGCUCUCGCAGGUCCACGCGUCUCUAUGCGCGCGGCUCCCCCUCUUCCCAGAGCUGCACCGCCUGCUGCCGGACGCAGCGCCUCGCGAGCUGCUGCCGAUUUUCCACCCGCAGCGCACGCUCAAGGUUUACUCGAAUUUGCGCUCGCUCGGCACGGGCGCUGGCCGCCACGCCGUGCGCUACGCGGAGCUCGAGGACGGACGGCCGGUCGUGCUCAAGGAGUACGCGGUGGACGCGGAGGGGCGCCGCAACUGCUACAAGGAGGCGGCGCUGCUGCUUCGCCUCCGUCACCCCGCUGUCGUGCCGAUCGAGGCGGUCUUCUGCGACGUGACGGACGCGCACACGACGGUGCAUCUGCAGAUGCCGUUCUACCGCAACGGCACGUUGCGCGAGUGGUGGAGGGCGUGCCCGCCCACCGCCGUGGAGGCGGCCUCCUUCGUGCAGGCGCUGUGCGCCGCGGUGUACCACUGCGACAUCAAGCCGGACAACAUCUUGGUGGACGACGCGGCGCGACCCCGCCUCGCGGAUUUCGACGUGUCCCUCGACGCGACGAGCCGCGUCACCGAGACGCUCACGCUGCGCGGCGCGAGGCCCGGAGCACCGUCGGACGUCUACGCGCUCGGUGUCACGCUAUCGGAGAUGUUGCUUGGCCGCUCGCCGCACCUCUGCGGCCUCUUUGACGCGAUGACGGCGCGCAGCGCCGCGGCGCGGCCCUCGGCGGCGGCGGCGCUCGUGCACCCGUGUUUUGAGCAGUUGGCGGCCGCCUCCGCCGCUGAGGGAGGCGGGGGUGGCAGGGCGAAGGAGGAGCGCACGUGCUGCCUCUGUUUGUGCGACGCGCCGCACGUGCAUGCCGUGGGUGGCGGUUUGGAGUGCGCGGCCGGGCGCCACUUUGCGUGCGACGAGUGCCUCUCGCAUCACGUGCACCACGCAUCGGUCGACGAUUUGCGCGAGCGGGCGCGCCGCGAGGGCCGCGCGCCGCACGGGUGCGACGCGGAUUCGUACUUUGCCGACGCGGAGUUGGCACGACACCUCUCGGACGACGCGUUCGACGAGUACCUCUCGAGCCGCAGGCAGCUCGUCGAGCAGCGGUUGGCGACCGAGGCGGAGGAGCGAUUGCGGCAGGUUGUCCAGCAUGAGCUGUCCAACCUCGCGAGCCUCGACGCUUCCCAGCUCCGCGUGCGCAACGCCCGGCUGGAGAUCGCCGAGCUGCUCUCGCUAAAGUGCCGCGCACCGUUUGCGCUGCAGUCGGAUUUCGCUGAGUGCUAUGCCCUCCAGUGCCCGCGCUGUCCCACAACGUUUUGCGCUUGGUGCCUCGGCGACGUGUCGGCCGCCGCCGACCCGCACGCGCACGUCAUCGAUUGCGAGCAGGCGCCGAGCGACAUGCUCGGCCACGCGCUCUUUUUGCGCGAUGAUAAUGGGGGACCGCACGUGCCGCCAAACCCCGCGCGCAAGUUCGAGCGGCACUGGCUCUUUCGCAAGGCGGUCGGCGUGCGGGAGGUUCUGCGGCGGCUGCCGCAGGCGGAAGUGGACAUGCUCCCACGCGAGUUUGUGGACGUGGCCCGAAUUGCGGCCACCGCCGAGGCGGGUGCAGCCUUGGAGCCGCCGCCGAGGCAGCCAGCGGUCGUACCACACGGCGCAGCCGCUGCCAAUGGUAUGGAUUUCGAGGCGCCGUUCCCCCCUUGGGUGGAGCCGGCCAUGCGGCAAGAGCAGCAGCAACAGCCCUGA